AUGGUCGAGGAGACUGGGCCCCUGGUAUCACAACCACUCUUCCGUUCUGGUCAAAUGGACAAUGCCGACAUGAAGCUCCUAUGGUUCUAUACCAGCGCAACUAGCACUUCAUUUUCCAUCGAUGAUGGCCGUUUCAACCCCGUCAGCGAGAUCCUCAAGACUCGCAUGGUCCAGGUCGCCUUUGAGAAUCCCUUCCUCAUGGACUCCCUCUUCGCCCUCGCCAGCCUUCACAUGCAGAGCCUCAACCAGGAGUGCGAUCCUUCCCGCGCCCUCGCGUAUCGCGCUCGUUCUUUCGAAGGUUAUCGCCGUGCUGUCGAGCAAGCUCGCCCAGAGACAUAUCCCGCCCUCAUCGCCAACUCCCUCCUCCUAACUGCCCUCUCCUCUCAAAACUUCCGAGAUGACGACUCGAAAGAGCUGUACAUUAUCGACUGGAUGAUUGUCUGGCGCGGCAUCGGCCUUGUCAUUGACCUCAUGGGGGUUGAGAGACUCUUUGACUCUGGUCUCUAUGCCCUCUUCUCUCGCCCGCCCAUAGACCUCGAAAAGGCCACCGGUGCAAUACCCAACAACCUUCUCUUCAUGGUUACCUCAAUCAAGGCCGACGACCCGGAUUUUACUGACAUCGACACUUACUACGAGACGCUCAAGUACCUGGGUUCUCUAUAUCACAAUAUGAACGACGGCAUCAGUCCCGUCAUGAUGCUCCGCAUCAUUACCUGGUUCACCUUCAUCCCUCGUCAUUUCAUCCAACUCGCCCGUGAGCGCCGUCCCCGAGCCCUCGUCAUCCUCGCCUACUACUCCGCCUUUCUCAAGCUCACCAAAGUCGUCUGGUGGCUCAAGAACGUUGGCGAUCGCUCCUUAAACGACCUUUGCCAGUACCUCGGCCCAGAGUGGCAGCAUCUCCUGAUAGUGCCGCAGAUGGCCCGCCUAGUCGACACAGACAUAGGGAUUGCAAGAGUACUGUUUGAGAACCCUAACUGGGUGCCUAGCACGCCCAGCAGCCUCCGCAUAGAUCCUACAGCAGCCAUUACGUUCCUGGACGACGAGGGGCGGCGAGUUGAGUGGACACCUUCCGAGAAGAAACUUGUUCUCCUAGAUCCUAGGAAAGACAACACAAUGGAUGAGUGGAAAAAUGAUCCCGAGCUGUGGAAGCCAGCAGAUUGA